AUGGCAAAUCCAAAACGAACUCUUUAUGUUGGUGGUUUAGCUGAAGAAGUUGAUGAAAAAAUUUUACAUGCUGCUUUUAUUCCAUUUGGUGAUAUAUUUGAAAUUCAAUUACCAAUUGAUUAUGAAACUCAAAAACAUCGUGGUUUUGCAUUUGUUGAAUAUGAAACAGCUGAUGAUGCAGCAUCAGCUAUUGAUAAUAUGAAUGAUUCAGAAUUAUUUGGUCGAUCAAUACGUGUUAAUUUAGCUAAACCAGUGGCUUUAAAAGAAACAAGUUCAAAACCAGUUUGGUCUGAAGAUCAAUGGUUAUCAAAUGCAAUGAAUUCAACUGAUAAUGAAACAUCAACAGUAGAGAAUAAUUCAAAUGAUAAUACAAAACAAAUAAAAUUAUCAUCAACAAAAGAUGAUGAUAUUGAUGAAAUUGAUCUUGAUACAGGACGACCAUUAUCAAAAAGAAUAAAAGCAGCAACAAAUCCACGUGUUUAUUUUGAUAUUGAAAUAAAUGGUAGUAGAGCUGGAAGAUUAAUAAUAACAUUAUUUGCAGAUAUUGUACCAUUAACAGCUGAAAAUUUUCGUUGUUUAUGUACACAUGAAAAAGGUUUUGGUUAUAGACAUACCAAUUUUCAUAGAAUUAUUAAACAAUUUAUGACACAAGGUGGUGAUAUGACCAAAGGAAAUGGGACUGGAGGAAAAUCUAUUUAUGGAAGAACAUUUAAAGAUGAAAAUUUUAAUAUAAAACAUACACAUGCUGGACAAUUAUCAAUGGCUAAUUCAGGUUCAAAUAGUAAUGGUUCACAAUUUUUUAUUACUUUUGUUAAAUGUGAUUGGUUAGAUGAUAAACAUGUUGUAUUUGGUGAAGUAAUUGAAGGUUUUGAAGUACUUAAAAAAAUAGAAGAUGCUGGAACAAAAAGUGGUACAACAACAAAAACAGUGACUAUUGCUGAUUGUAAUGAAUUCAAAUAA